AUGACCUACAACCUCUCAAUAGAAGUCUUCGGGCCCGGCGAUAGCCCCACACACCGAUCCCACUGGGGGUUCAUGAUCAACAAACCCGGGAAUCUGGAAUUCGGCGAUCUCCUCCAAGUCGAGGUCAUCGAUUCGGACAGGCUGUGGUACGGAUUUGCGCCUCGGUACGCGACGAAGAUCAUCGAUAAGGCGGCAGUGGGGAUGUGCAAGAUUGCCGAUCUCACGUCUCAACAACGACACGACGUGAUUAAAGUUAUUGAAAAGGUGCCAGCCCCGAGAGAUUCCAUUGGCCGGUGUCAAGACUGGACUUUUGAUGCUUUGCUAUCUUUGGAGAUUGAAGAGCUCGUUCCUUCUGGUACUUCUGAAUUCUGGAAGGGGAUGAUUGGUAGACCGGCGCGAGAAGUUGCAGCAGCUUGUGGAACGAAGUGGACUGCCUUUUGA